AUGCAGGACGCGCAGGCUGAUUGGUUGCCCCACAGUAUCACGCGCUUUAACACGCAGUACGCCAACACACUGGCUAAAAAGGUGGCUACUCCGGAUGGUGAGACUGACUGGUUUGACACCACAGCAGGAGUGCUCCAAGGCGACACCCUAGCACCAUUCCUCUUUAUCAUUGUUCUCGACUAUGCCUUGGGUAGAACCAUCGAUGGGAGGGAGACCGACCUCAGAUUCACUGUCACUCCGAGAAGAUCGAAAAGGCAACCAGCGGUCACAGAAACGGAUCUCGACUUUGCUGAUGACAUCGCGUUGAUGUCUGAUCUAGUCGAGCAGGCGCAAGUACUCCUACAUCUUGUAGAGGCAGAGUGCUUGAAGGUAUGGCUCAGGCUCAACACAAAGAAAACUGAGUGUUCCAUCUACAACACGCCCGAACACAUCCCACUGAAGACGCUGAAGGGUAGAGAGCUGAAUGGGGUUCCCUGA